CUGAAGGGCAUCAUCAAAUCUGCAUGGAUUUGGAGGUUAAAGGAGUUGCUGCAUCCCCUCGAAGGCAGACUCAGCUGCCCUCCAGGGGGAAGAAACAUGGUCAAGGGUGGAGAUCAGAUACACAGGCUACUCGUGGUCCUCGCCCACCAGAGGUGCCAUGCCUCGAUCUAGGGAAGCUGGGAGAUUCUGAUGAAGAGGAUGGGGACUUUUACAUACCAUACAGCAGAAGUUAUCCGCAUACUUGCUCUCUAGAUUCAUCUUCAAAUUGGAGAACGUCAUUACAAACACCAUAUGCACAGCAUCAUCAGGCUCAACAACAUUCUCCUUUGGAACAAAAGACAAUACCAGAAAAUCUGCCCUCCCCAACAGACAAAUAUAAAGUAAAGUAUCAGCAGUAUGAGGCAGAGAUGAAGGAAAGAUAUAAGCAGUACUCUCAGAGAAUUGCAGCAAAGAAAAAAGACCACAUCCGAUGUCCAGAAGCUUUGAAGAAGGGUGCACACCUUGAAGACCGGCAGAAUGAUGAUCUUACAGCUCUUGAUGAGAAAGCUCUCCUCCAGCAGUGCUAUACAAGCAAGCCCUACAAUAUGCAACACAGCAUAAAAAAAUCAGAAGCUGUAAGGUUUUUUUUUUUGGCUAGAAUUAGACUGUUAACUGUCUAGACUUACAGAAUGACUUCCCAGGUGUUCAAUAGAAGUUGGGCCCUUGACGGUUUGGCCCUAGUAUGUAAUUGCACCCAUUGAAAUCACAGGGGUUUAACCAUUUCUUUCAAUAGGAAUGGAGCUGAGCAUUCCAGUGAGUGUUUUUUUAAUCUCGUCUAUAAUACUUGUAUUUUAUGUAGUAGAUUUAUAAAUCGUAUUUUCACUUAUAUAUGAAAAAAAUAAAUACAAAGAAAUAAGAGGAUUAAAUGGGUGACCUGUGUGAAUCUGGCUAUGCUGUUGUGUUUUCUCUGGUCUUUAGCUUGUCUUUGAGCCUCUAUUCCAUCCAUGAUCAUCCAUGCUAUGUACAUACCUGCUCUCGCUCUGGCUUGUUUCUAGAGCAAACACGCUGGUUUCCCUGAGAUGGAGUAUGUGAUGAGAACUGUCUUUUUAAACAGUAUGGGCUCUGUUUUCACUUUUAGAUCAGGUGAUCCAUGGCUUUGGCUGAGUCUUCAAAAUGGCAAAGGAUGGAACUUCUGCAGCAUCUCUAGGCGUUGUAUUCCUCUGCUACGCUACUCUCCUUGUGAAGUAGUUCUUCCUAGUACCCAUGCUGAGUCUCCCAGGGCUCCGUUUUUGACUCUGGCCUCUCGUUGUACUGUUGGCCACUGUCAAAAAACAGUUUGCCGCUCUCAUCUUUGUAACUGCCCUUCGCUUGUAGGCUACUUUCACAGUGCCCCAUAUCUUCCUCUUCUGCAGAUUAAACAAACCCAGCUCCUUUAGCCUCUCCUUGCAGGUUGUGUGUUUUGGCCCCAAACCCCUGCUGGAUCCUCUUGUCUUGAUCUUGGGGAGAGGGGAGAGACCAUAAACUAGAACCAGGUGCGGCCUCACUAGCGUGAGUAGAGAGAAAUAACAACUUCCCUUAAAUGGAUGUAUCCAAUAUAUUUCUUUAAUUUGUUAUGCAGACAUGAUUUUUACCCUUUUUAGGAUUGUGCAGUAGCAGUGUUGCCAAGUUAAGGUUAAGCCUUGAAUUUAGCAUUGUUUACAGUGGAGAAGAACUUGAGAUUUGAUCUUGCAGGGUCAUUAAGGUACAUGUUGAACACAGUUAGCAUUCUACCAUUCUCAUGGAAUAUUAAGCCAUAAGAAAUCUUAUGAGACUGUAAAGGUAAAUAAUGUUUUUCAUUUAUUCUGUUUUCUCAUCUCUAUGCCCUGAAGUUUGCAUCAUUGCAAACAUUUAUUCGCUUUCUAGUCUUAUUAAAGCGAAUAUGGAUGUUGCACUAUUGAGGUCACUGUUCAUUUCUAUAAAAAAACCCUUUCAGAAAGUACUCUUAUGGGAAACAUUUGUCUGUUCUUUAUUUUACACAUUUUAUACAUUAUUUUAUACAUUUAAACAUCUGUACUAUAGGGAGAGGGUAAUGACAAAAAAGUUCUAAGUGUCCUUACAGUAAUUACUUAAUGAUAAAUCAAAUAAGCUGAAAAGGCUGAGAAAUGGAGCAAUGCCGGACUGCGGAAUGACAGAUAUGCUGCAGUUGGCAUGCUUUAAAGAAGUUAAUAGGCAUCUGUGAGGGAUAUCACAGGGACCGUUAAAAGCACUUCUGUUAUUGGUUAGCAGUCAUGGGUGCAGUCUUCCCGGGAGCAUCUCUUAGGUUCAAACUUCUGAUAGUAGUAGGAAUAACAGAAAAAAGUAACUAUUGCAUACCUAUUCAUUCAAUUGGAUGUAUGCUGCAUCAAUUGUAGGCACUUAAUUUUAAGGUGUCUUAAAAAUUUGGUUGAGAAUACACAAUGUUAAAAUUUCCUUUUACAGUGAUCAUUACUAAAAUUCAGUUAAAGCAGAAUUUCUCUUAUAUGAAAUCUCAUCCUAAACUACAGAAAAUAUAUUAAAGAGAGGUUGUAGUACAUGUGUGGUUUCCACAGUACAUGUGUGAUUUCCGCUGGGGGCUAUGUGUAAUAUAACUAGUUUUUGUGGAAGAAGUUGUGUU